CUCCUCGGUCUUUCUCUUUCAAUAAUGAGGCCUGUGGUCAGGAUUCUGCGGCCCAGUGCCAGGCAUGUCAGACUCUCGUGUAAUCCGUCCUGGAAUAGAUCUUCGAAUAUUGGUUUAAGGGAGAGUUUAAUUCCCACGCGUCCCCUUGCACGGUCAUUUUCACUAAACCCAUGGGCCUCAAAAUCACCACAGACCACCUCCUCGGUGCCUUCAAUACCAACAUUGGACGAGUCUACAUCAGCAGCCACUACGCCCGAAGUAUCCAGUUCUGAAGUGCCCAACACCGGACUUCCUGCGGGGGUCGACACGAAUCCACUAAUAGACCUCCUUCCUCAAUCUACCCUCGACUCUGCCAUUUCUACAGCAAUAACUACCACUUCCAACUCAACCUCGGCUCUCCAGCCCGUUGCUGAUCUCGCCGCUCUCGGUUUGAUAACAUGGACCCCAGCCGGCUUCUUCCGCUGGACUCUCGAACUCUGUCAACACACAACCGGUAUUCCCUGGGGACACGCCAUAAUCCUCACAUCCGUCAUCUGGCGUAUCGCUCUCUUCCCUGUUGGCGUCUACUCCGCGAAAUAUGCCUCCAAAAUGGGCCCCAUUUCACCAAAACUCCAAGAACUGAGCGCGCAGAUGAAAGAAGCGUACAUGAAAAAAGACGUCGUAGCUUCCACUUCUCUCGCGAAUCAGCAGAAACAGCUCUUCAAAAGUGCUGGAAUACACCCAUUGGGAGGUAUCAUUGGUCCUCUUAUACAACUACCAGCAGCGAUGGGGAUGUUCUUUGGGGUCAGAAAGAUGUGUUUGUACCCGGUUGAGCAGUUGAAAGAUUCUGGACUGUCUUGGAUUCCCGAUUUGACGGUGGCUGAUCCUACUGGGAUUAUGCCUGCUGUGUUUGGUAUAUCGAUGUUCUGGCAGUUGACGGUCACAGGCCAAGAAAUGUCUCUUACUGGACGUCCUCAAGCAGUCCACAUCCUCAAUCUUCUCCGUUUCCCGGGAACACCUAUCAUCGCAUACCUCAUGACAGACCUUCCGUCCGGCCUUUUGUUAUCCAUAUUGACAACCGCCCUCAUCACUACCGUUCAAACUCACUUACUCCGGAUACCUGCUGUACGAAAGUCCUUUGGUAUGAUAACACCGCCCGUCCAACUCGGGCCAGAUGGGAAGCCGUUGAGGAGUGGCUUACCGUCCUUCAAGUCUACUUGGGUUUGGGCUACUGAUAGUCUUAGAGAUAGGUGGGGUGAGGCUGCAAAACAGGCCGCGGAGAAGGAGAGGACCAGGAGGGAGGCGUUGGAUAGGAAGAGAGGUGUUGGCAGUGGCGGGAUUAGGAGGAAGUGACAUGAUGGUGUCCAACGGCCUGUACCUUACUAAAGUAUAGUAACUAUUUAUUUCUCGUCUUUAGCCACGGGUAUGCUUGAACCAGGUAUGUCUGCUUGCCGACUCUCGGUCAU